AUGCCGCCAAAGGCGUCCCAAACUCUGGCUUCGUCCAAGGACUCCGCCAACGCAUCACCUGACGAAACGACCCAAGGCCGACGCCCCAAGCGGAAAGGCAUAUAUCAACGACAGUCGCAAGUAGUCAAGCGGCCUAAGGCCGAUCCUCCGCCAGCUGAUUCCCCUCGUCGCGACCUAGCAACAUCAACGCUUCUUGAUCAGACCAAUCUUGGUAUCACCAUCGACGAGACUACGAAAAACGCAUCCCAUUUCUUGGACCUUGUCAACAGCAAAGGUCUGAAGCUCAAGGAGACAGCGCGCGAAGACCUAUCCGCUCUACCGACAUACGGUUUGUCAGACACCAAAGGCGCCAAAUACGUCAGGGAUCUACCGCAUCAUGCUCCAGAUACCCGGCUCUAUGAAUUCGACGAAGAAUCCGUCAAUCUUGUCGAUUAUGUUCAACCUAACGGCGUGAAUGCACGAUGCUGGGUGAUGCAAGCCAAGAACGUUAGCUCUGCGGACCCGAACGAGCGGAUCGAUCUAUACCAAGUGAUUCCAACGGCCGGAGUAACCAGGAUCAACGAUGUCCAAGGAUGGAUACCUAAGACACCUCAAGCGCUUUGUCCGUCUUGCAAACAGUCCCCAGAUGACCUGAACAAGUCCUGCGACAGGCAAACACCAUGCCAAAAUUGUAUCGCCGCUGGUAGAGGUGAUGAGUGUAAGGCUGAACAGACUGGGCAGGAUUGGCAUAUUCUCACUCUCCAAAUCGAGCAGCGAAUCAAAACUUGCCGCCCAUGGAAUAUACUUACCGACACCGUCUGCGACAACCGUGAAAAGAUCAUCAAGCUAGGUCAAAUAACGGUGGAUGUUAUCAACAGAUAUCCGUUGGACUUUGACUUCGCCAACUGGUACGCAAACCGAGGGUUUGUGGGGAGUUUCGUAUCUGUGACGAGUUUGCUUGAGUGGAAGAAACACGACUACCCACAACUCGACCUCGGUACUAUACCUCCCGGAGAGAUUCUAUGGAACAGCAAAGAAGGCUUUGCUGGCUGCGCGCCAUUCACAAUUCCAGCAGUUCGGUUCGCAACCGGAUUCCUGCAACAGAGACGAAGAGGCUACUGCCCACCUUUCAUGAUCGCCACUGACGGCGGCGCCCCUCAGUUCUCUAUUUUAGGGAACAAACUCGACACCGCAGCCGUUGAGGCCGCUCCAUACUCGUCGGGUUGGCAUUUGUUUGGCGCCGAGCCAGUGCAGGGCGCAGAAGACAAAAACCUAACUCUACGCAACAUCGACUUGAACAAAGAGGAAGAGCGGAUCGCAGUCAAAGCUAUGCAAAUCAUGUUUCACGGUAUGGUUGGCAUGGUUGGAACUACCAAAGCGCUUUAUACCAGUUUCAUGCACAAAUCUAUGCCUCUUGGGAGCGAUAGUAUCACACCGACGACGUCAAACCGAGCACGAUAUCACGGCAAAGAAGCUGGAGUACUCGGUCUUCGAAGAUUGAACAAGUACGUCUGUUUUCCCAUGACCAGAGAAGCUCAAGCUGGUUUAGAUCUAUCUGGACUCGACAAGGACGUUGCGCAUCUCGCAGAUAGUCCACGCUUUCGGAGCCUAGGGCUGCUAUUAGGUCCGCAAACUGAAACGAUGAGACAACCCGACAAAGACGGACUACUCGUCACCUGUUCUGGCUGUGCCGGUCGCGAGAUUUCCGACAUCCCAAAAGCUCCAAAGAUUCUAAAGGCAAACCCGGCGCUCGAAGACCUACAGUCCCAGAUCACGAAACACCUCUCCAAAGUGCACUGGUCGGAAUGCAAGCUCACUGGAUCUGAGCCGUCAUGGAAACCAUCCUGGACACCCGAAGACCUGACCGUCCCUCUCUUGAAAGAGCACUCGACCAAAGACCCGUCCUUAUGGACUCGCGGAUACGCUCCAAGCCAGCAAAUCUCCUUGAAGACGAGGUCGGGUCUGGUACCAGAAGCGCAGACGCGAGUACGAACUGGCUAUGAUCCGUAUACUAUGAGCAUCGAGAAGCCUCAUCAGCGGUGUAUUGACCUUAUUUCUGGCGAGAUAUCGCUCCACUUCUUUGGAAACGUGACUCUGGAGCUGCAUUGCAUCAAUUUGCUGAAGUCUACACUUCCCGUGUCCUCCGUGCCCUUGUAUCGCGAGGCUUUGCUUCUUCGUGAGCAGGUGGAUGGACAAGCGCCCCGUGAAGGAUACUAUCAAGAAGUCCAGCAUAAAUGGGAGAUCAUUGAGCGAGCGCACGACAAUCAGCGAAUCGUCUCAAUGCUUGCAGCAAGGAGAAAUGUACACCGAAUUCGACCAGGCCAAGAUUUCGCCGCUGUACCACACGCUAUGCACAUGGAAAAGACUGGCGUCUGGGACGGCAUAUUACCGGACCCUGGACUUCAUCAUAUCUUCAGAACACGAGGAGAGUGUGGACCAUUCCUGAGAAACGAUGACGGCUCCCUCAUGUUCGAUAUGGGUGAUGAGUAUUGGGACUGGAAGAUCAUCCUGCAAAACAUCGACCAGUUGGAGAAAGACCCCGAUUUUAACCCACACGGAAUCAAGUUCCCUCGGCUUGGUAGGAAGAAGUUACCCUGGUUUUGGCGUAAAGACACUUGUCCACAAGAUCUUGACGAAGAAUUCCUCUUCAAGGAGUUCAGUUCUCGGUUGCAAACGAUGAGCCAGAAAUGUGAUCCACAUCACAAAACUGAAGAGUCGCCUGCAACGUUGCUUUUGGAGUAUGCGGUACAGUUUCUUGAAACCGGAGGCAAAGACCACCUCUUUGGGUUCAUUAUGACGCCAUUCGAAGGACAUAUGGCCGUCUACUCAUUUGGUCGCGGUAUCACGCAGAAAGUCAAAGAUGAGGCAGAUAGGGUGAUUUUCCCUGGAGAUCACCUAAAGACUGGCUGCACGGUAUUGUUGCCAAAAGACAUGAAGACGGACUAUGACAUCACUCGGCGCACUGUGGUAGCAGAAAGCUGGUUGACUAACCGGUUCCGCUAUCAGUUCCAUGGUGGACCUGCUCUGAUCAAAAAGCUCGAGGACGCGGUGCGCACCAUUGAACCAACGAAAUGGUACGACCAAAUGCAGACAAACCUCAACGACUACCUAAAAGUGCCUCUACCGAAAUCUUACAAGGAUAAGGCAUCUUGGAGGGCAAAGAUGAGAGCCUUAGAUGCAAGCCGGAUCGCUGAAGAUUUAGAAAACGAAGAGGUUCAAGACGACGAGCCCGCCGCUGCCUUGAACGACGAUGAGUUGUUCUUCACAGAGCAGUUACAAGCGUUGGAAGCUUUGAAAGCCAUGACACCAGGCGACCUGGUCACUGUAUUCUGCUCUGAAUGCGACGAAUCGGGAGAUGACACCACACUCCUGGCUUGCUCCACAGCAGACCAUGCGACUAAGAUGACUCAUUACCACUGUCUUGGUCUGGAUGCCAUGCCUGGAGAUACCGAAACUUGGCCGUGCAAACAAUGCGAAGGUGGGCCGAACCAGUCGCUCAUGGUCAAACUCAAGUUUCCUCGAUACUUGAAUAUGAGGAACAUCGGCAACACAUGUUACCUGUCUUCGUCCGUCCAAGGGCUCUACGCGAUCAGACCGCUGCGCGAUUUCAUUCUUGAUAUCAGCAAAGAACAGCAGAAGGGUCAUGAUCUGUCUGGGCGCGAUACGCAAUCUUGGCUGACUGCGACGCCAGCUGGUCAGGAUGCGUCGACUGCAAUGUCGGCGCACAUGCAAAAGUCUACCAAAUUUCUGCGUGAGCUACGCACGCUUUUCUUGAAGCUAGGUCGGGAGUCGCUCUCAAUCCAGGCGAGUGACGUCAGCCCACUAUUCAAGGCCCUUUCUGAGCUGGAUCCAACAAACUGGAAACUCGGAGAACAGAACGAUUCUGCCGAGCUCUUCACUUUCGCUCUCAUCAGAAUUAUUCAAGUCACCGACAAUUCAAGCAUUAGGCAACGGCAGCUCGAUGACGUAGCAGAGAAGAAAGCGAUACGCGACCGAGGACUUUUAUGCGAGCUUCAUGAUGAGCACUUCGACGACCGUGUAGAGACUCUUUGCUGCACCACCAACUAUUGCCGCAAAUGUCUUCAGCGCCAUACAGAAGACUUCCUUGGUAAGUGUCCAGCCUGCGGCGUGGUGCCAUGCACUAUGCAACAGGUCACGUCACUGCCAGGCUCUGAUAUCGCGAGGGCCCAGCCUCCAGAGCUGGCGAGCGCUGCUCUCUCAGAUUACAUGGCUCAUAUGAGACGAGGUUGGGAUUCUUGGAUGUUCGAAGCCUUCUGCAUCCAGACUGUGACGGAAAGCAAGUGCAGCGACUGCGGUCUUGUCUCCCGCAAGUUUACCUGCGAUCUGCAGAUGCUCGAUCUUGAGUUUGAGAAUCCUCAAUCAGACGAGAACUCUCUACAUAAUAUGCUGAGACAGUGGCGACGGAAAGAGCUGGACGACAAAAUCCAUUGUGCCUCUGGAUGUCGCGCUCACGCGGGAUCCAAAGUUCAACACAAGCGUAUCACCCGCAGUUCCGAGUACAUGUACAUCCGCUUCAACCGUGCCGAAUCCUUUGGCGAGCGAGUGCUAUGCGGUGUGGAGGUUGCAGCUUACCUGGAUAUUUUGAACUUUGCAGACUACGCAAAACUACCAUCGGACCCAAGUCCCAAGGAAGCAGUAUUUCUGGGUGGAUACUGCAUUUACCAGCUUGUCAUCGUCAAUGUGUUCUUUCCCGGUACCAGUGGUGGCCACUAUGUCACUUACUCCCUGACAAACGGUAUCUGGCAAAAGUUCGAUGACCUCGGGCAGUCAUACGCCGUCCAAGAGCACCCGCAGGUAGCCAUCAACAGUAACGGCGUCAUUCACUAUGUCGUCUACCAGCAAAUGCCGAAACGUAGGACGUUGCCGCUGACCAAGGACAACAAACACACUCAUGGUCACGUACUUCAUAAGGGCGCUGACGUUCCACCUCCGGUUGAGAGUCCACCAAAAUGGCAGGCCACUUUCGCGGACAAGGUACUCUUGGACGCCCACAAGACGGCAUGCACGCUUACUUGCAACGCUUGUGGCGAGACCCUCGUUGACAAGACAUCGUUCGACACCCACAAGAGCACCUGUUCUUUGACGUGCAAAGGCUGUGGUGAGACCUUCGGAGACAAGGUACUCUUCCAGGAGCACAUGUGCACAAGUUCGUGUGAUGGCUGUAGCAAGACUUUCGAGUUCGCAGCGGAUUUGCAAACACAUCAGAACGUGUGUCUGCAGUACCUGAGGAAAGCUCUUGCUGCUGAGCGAGCAAACGCUGUUGAGCGAGAACGCGCUGCCGAGCAGAGGGGACGCGUUGGUGCGCACGAUGAGUUGCUGACGGAGCUGAUAAACUCGAAGAUGGCGUUGAAGAAGUCGAAGGAGCAGCAGCUAAACAAGAUCAAGAUCAUGGCGCAAGCGUUGAAGAUCGAGUCAGCUACUCUCAAAGCUGAGAUUGAAGACUUGGAAUUACAGAUUGAGAAAACUAAAGCUAGGCGUUCUGGCUUGUAG